UAAAAAGAACCCGCACUCACUUUUUCGUGUCAUUCCUACCAUCUUUCAGUUGAGCUGAAAACAGAAAACACUCUUGAGAACGACUGCGGAAACGUCGGCUUUCAUAUCUACACUUUUAUCCAUAUUUUGGUUUUCUCUCGUUUUCUGAACUUGACGGAGUUGACAAAAAGCAAUGGCUCACCUCUUUACAAACCGUGAAAAUCAAGGUCUGACAUCUCUUGCCUUCAAAACAGAUGGGCCCACGAAGACUCCAAUGAGAGGCAAAAACAUGACAACUCCUUUGCGGACUGGUAGGAAGGCUUUCGGAGUAGUCAACACGCAGUCGACCCCGCUUUUAAAUAAGCAGGAGAAGAAAACGAAGGAGGUUAAAAUUGGCAAUGUACUAGAAGCCAAUGUCAAAUGUGAAGCUAAGGAGGAGGACUAUCCGGAAAUUGAGAAGGUAUUCCCUUAUGAUCCAUUGGAGUUUGAGAAAUAUGGCGACCCUGAGGAUUUAAUUUGUCUCGGUAGUCUCCCUCUCGCUGGUCUGGUGUUCCCAAAAGCACCUCCUCCAUCAGAGGAAGACCUGCAUGCUUACAUCCCUCCACUCCCAAACACAUCGCCACCACGUCGCCCGGAACGCUUUGAGUUUGACGCAUUCCUCCAAACCAUUGACGAGCUUACUGUUGAGCUUCCUUCAGAACCUGAAAGCGACCAAUUCAGUCCUCUCUAAACCUUUUAAUGUUUUAAAUGUUAUUAUUUGAGGGGUUUUUUUUUUUUUUUUCCUUGGUUCAAUAAACUUCUU